CUGGCUCCCCCUCGCCGCGCGCGCCCUCUCGGGCCACAUGCGCCUCGAGCUCGAGGAGGUUCGGCGGGGGGCCGAGGAAAGAGGCGCUGCCGUCGAUUUGCCUUGCUUCCACAAGGCCACCUCCAUCGUGCUCAAUCUUGGGCUUCUUGACCUCGCCCUGCCGCCUUCCGGCGUAUUCGCCUGGCUCGAAGAGCUACAACUGAUUGACAUCCAGCUAAAUGGUCAGUCCGGGCUCGGUGAUCUUCUCUCCUCCCAGCGGUGCCCAUCCUUGUGGUUCCUCCGUGUCAGCGAUGUCCGGGGUCUGGACAGCUUCAACAUCCACUCGGACUCUCUUAUGUGUAUGGAGCUGUUGGAUCUGCAUCGCUUACCGCAGCUCACUGUCAUGGCACCGGCACUCAAAAAAUUACAGCUGUUCACCUCCAAGGAUCCUCGGAAUCCAGAACUAGCAGUUGCCAAUAUCUCAGCCCCUCAAUUGACGUCGCUUGAGUGGAUGGAUGUUUAUUAUCCAAGUUCUAUCCAGUUUGACAGGAUAGCACAUCUUGACAGUCUGGGCAUCCAUUUUUAUAUUCUAGAUGUGGAGGAUGAGGAGGCUUUUGAACACAAUCGCUAUUGGUUGAAAUUUUUGCGGCGCUAUAAGCACAUCCGCAGUCUUGAUCUUAUGAUUUCCUAUCCACCGGUCAUAUGUACUGGGCCAUACUUGACGGAAAACUGCCAAGCCUUCCAAAUAUUACAUUUUUGAUGCUGGGUCUAAUUGUAUGGGGACAUUCCUUUGGAGCCAGUUUAUUUGAUGUUCUAAGGAGGUGUACUGGUGUAAAAAAGCUGCAUCUUGAUUUUUUUCCAGAAAAUCAAUCCGAGCCAGCAAACUGGAGAACAGAGGAGCUUGCGUUGAAUUGUCUUGAGGAAAUAAAAAUCCACAUGAGGGGAACUGAACAUGAAGUUGCUCUUGUGCAACGGAUAUUCCAUUGGGCAGCAGUACUGAGACGGGCAAAAAUAAGUUUCCAUGAACCAAUCACCGAAAGCAAGGAGAACGAGCUCCGUCAAUUACUACUAAGCUUCCCUAGGGUAGACAUAAGUAUGGAUUUUAGCGUGUUUGGUCGAUAAUACUUGGGCACCACUUUUUCGCUCAAAGUUGUUUCCUGUCCCAGCAGCUCUAGUUUUGUGAGAAUAUGAACUCUUGUAACUUGUUUCCCCAUAUUGCGGCACUGAACUCUAGUUAUUACUUAUGAGGGACUGCUGUGAAAUUCGUGUCAAGUGCCCUGGAAUAUUUUGCUUAUAAUGUUGUAGAAAUGAAGGGUGAGUUGCUGACUUGCUGUCCAGCAAAUCUGUCAGAAA